UUCGAGCAAAACAUUGCUUUAUUCGCGUUGUUGAUACUACUUGCCAAAGUUUUAUGCUGUUAUAAUGAUGCUUUAUCGCAAUUGGAACUGUUCUGAACACUCUUUUAAGCGUAUGAUGCUGGAAGGUUAGCAAAAGAUAUCCAAAGUUAUUUGUAAAAAUGAUGCGAUUUCACGACAGACAUGGAACUCAUGUGCGGUUGUCACCGUCGAAGACAUCCGCCACCAGAGUCAAGAGCUUCGCGAACGCGGUUGUAUUUAGUCAUCGCCCCUUAGCAUUUGGUGAAACGUUCCUUUUUGAGAUAGAAGAACAGGAAAAGGACUGGUCAGGUCAUGUCCGCUGUGGGAUCACAACUCACAAUCCAUCUUCAAUCAAAAGUGUUCCACCGUAUCUUCUUCCUGACAUGGCCCAAAUGGGGCGUACUUGGGUGUUUGCAAUCAAAUCGACGAUGCAAAAACCUUUGGGCGAUGAACAGCUGAAAGAUUACGGUGGCCACAAUUUUCAACGCCAAGAGGCAGGAGAUAAAGACGAUAACCCGGUGUUUUGCGGUAAAAAAGCGAGAGAAGGGAAAUUAAAACCAACAGAUGUUGGCUCGCGAAUUGGAGUGAAAGUCAGUCCGACCGGGGAACUGUACUUCUUUGUAAAUGGUAUAAAAUUUGGCCCCUGUGCCCUAGAUGUACCUGUUGACAGGGAUCUUUAUGUGGCUGUCGACGUGUACGGAACUACAAAACGAGUUCAAAUCAUUCAAUGUGGAGGUUAGUAUGAUAUAAAAAAUAACUUUGCAAGGGUAGGGGGAAAAGUGAUCUCUACUGCCCCCAGGGAUACUUUGUGUAUGAGGGGAGGAGGCAGUAAGGAGAUGAAUCUAAAUCUUUAAUUUAUCAUAUAUGUGUAUUUGAACUUAAUAUGUAAUAAAACAAGAGUUCAUGUUAUAGAGUAAAUUAAGCUCCAGCUGCUAGGCAAGGGUUAAAAUGACUCUGAUAAGGGCCCAAAACACAAUCAUGCCCACAAACAUAAACUGUAUUACUCUUAUUAUUACUUUGGAGAGCACUGAGAAAAAAGAGAAGUGGAAAAAGUGACAACAAAACAGUCUGAUCAGUCACACAAUUGUGGUGGGGGGGGGGGGGGUACAGUGGGCUGAAAUACACUUAAACCCACAAAUACCUCCAGUUAAGCCUGAGAAUGUGCCAUAAUGCCUGACAAAGUGAUAAUAAUUGAGAGCCUGACACAUCUGAUAAGUGUCAAGGUAAGUUGCCUUGCUUUACGUGACAUGAAGAAAAUUCAAGUAAAAACUUUGGUCUUGUGAUAGAAUAUUGUCUAUGCAACAGGUUGCAUGGAUUCAACUGGUAUGAACAAAUUUUACUUGGGGAAUGAGAGAUUAUUCUUAGUUUUAUUGCAGUGGUUCCACUUUAAACAAUGUUUAACUACAGGUGAAAUAAAAUACAAUAGGCCAUCGGGACUCUGUGGAGGGUGACUAUGACAGCUUGAAAGAAAUUGAAAUUACAGUAGUAAAGGGGAAAAACAGGUUUGACUGUAGUAACAGUGGGGAAGUUGUUUAAGAGCUAUGGAUGUGAGCUAACAUACUUUUUUCACUUUAGUGCCACCACUUCUUGAUUUGUGCUGUGAAAACAUCAGGAAAUGUGUAACAAAACAGGAAGAUUUGGAAUCACUCCCCAUUACUGCGUCACUGAAGAAGUACAUUGCAACAUUUUAACAAGAAAUUGUUGUCACAGAGAAAGAAAAUAUCUCCAGUGUUCUUAAGGGUUAAAACAUUAGUAGCAUAUGUAAAUUAAAUCAAAUACAACUAUGAUAGCAUUUAUCCUGUAGGGUCUCACUCAAUUUACAGCCUUCCAAAAAUAUAAUUUAACCCUUUAACUCCCAGAUCAAAUUUAUAAUUCUCCUUAUUGUCAGCCAGAUAAUUCUUAUAAUGUUAGUUAGAGAAUUUAGUAUUGGAUCACCUAAUUAUCCCCAAAUUGAUAUUUUUCUUUAUUCUCAGCUCUUUUGUAGUUGAUAUUGUAUUUAUAUUGUACGGAGAAAUUCUUUCUUGGUCAUUCAUGGGAGUUAAGGGUUACUUUAAAAUUAGUCUCACUGUUACUGUACAGAUAUGAAACAGAAAUUUUAUGAUUUAUCCUGGAAAGUAUCAGUAUUAAUUUUUGCCCAGUAGAAGUCAAGCUUUUACAUUGGCUGUGUCAGCUUAGAGAUUUUUUAGAUUUAUUUUUAAAAAGAAAAUUUGCUGUGGCAUACAUUGGGAAAAAAACCUUGAGGGUCUUGUAAACUUGAUUCAAGCCUUUAUGGGUCAAAUGAUUUUUUUAUGAAACAAGAUGACUGCAAAUUUUAUUUUUUCGUGAUUUGUAUUCUUGUUGAAGAAGUCCUCCUCUGUGAUUUUGAAUCAAUGUGAUACAGGAAUUGCCUAGUUUUACAAGUCCUUUUCAAGGGAUUCAUUGUGGUUUGUGUGUGUGACUUUCUGCUUAAUGUAAAGAGAUAUGAACAUGACUUUACCAGUAAACCAAACUUGGAACCAAACUUUAGAGUGUCCUCUGGAUGUUGGAAAUGUGAACCUAUUACCCUUGAAUUUAUUUCUUUCCUGUCUGAAAAUGGUGGUGGUUGUUUUUUUCAAUAAAGGUGAAAUAAUGUCUGUGGUUGGUACUAAUGACAUGAAAAGCCUUAAUAUUUUUAUGUGAGGUCUGACUCAAUUUAGCUGCAUCCAUAGUCUGAUGCAGUUAGCCUACUUAUAAACAGCUACUCAGACUUGUUAAGUAUAUAUCAAUUCAGUGUUUAUUUACCAAGAUAGGUGUGUUCCUCAAAGGAAAAUAAAAGAAAGCUCAGAUACUAGGUAUCCUUAAAACACUGCAGCUUACAUAACUCUGAAUAAACUCUUUUCCUUGAUAGUAAAAAAGACUUCAACAAUAAUUAAUGGCAAUCUGUACUGCAAACAGGUAUACGGCAUAGAUACACUAAUUAGGAGAACAUGAUUAGCCAACCAGAGUCAAUUACUUCUAUUUUAUUUUAGCCAACUAAGUGUUUCCCUAAAUAGCAGAUAUUGCAUAUCAACAUGCAUUUCAAAAUGUAAAAUUUAUGAACAGUAACAUGUGUAUAGAACAACUACUUGAAGAUUAGCAUAAUA